CUUCCUUUUUCCCAGCAUCCCUCACACAGUCACAUGACAUCGGCCUUGCUGUUUCCUGAUUGCCUAACACUGCCAUCUCCAGUCCGUAACCCACUUCUGCACUUCUCUCUCUGGUGCUACCGCGUCACAGGUGCUUAACUGGAAGCGAAUGAGAAGAAAAGCGGGAACGUGACAAGAUGUCGGGGCUGGCGGUGCUGUGCAACGUUUGCUUCCAGAAGGCCGACGUCGGUGAAAGUCCCCGUUUUAUAUUGACCAGUUGUGGACAUGUUCUUUGUGAGCAGUGUCUCCAGAAAGGUAAGAAAGAAGAAUGUACAGUGUGUAGAACGUCUUGCCGUGUGAUAUUUCUUUCAAAUCAGACAAAUCCAGAAGUCAAGAUGCUUUUUAUGGACCUAAAUACGCUAUGCAAAAAAUUUUCAACUGAAUUUACACAGGUUUGUGAAUUUCAGGAAAGUCAUAGAAAGCGGUUAAGAACAUACUACAACGGAAAGAUCACAAAACUAGAGGAAACGAUAAAGAAGCUAAGCCAGCAACUACAAAGCACCAAACUAUACAGAGAUUCACAAGAGUUCCAGUUUCAAGAUGCAAGUUACAGUUUGAGGCCCUCACAGUCUCAUAAUCGAUUCUCUGUUCCAAACACUUCAAGAUAUUCAGCACAUCCUGAUAAGCAAACUGGAUAUUUCUCUCAACUGCCAGAUGAGAAAAUGGAGGUCGAACAUUAUUCUGUCAAAAAGAAUUGUGAGACAAUCACUGCACCAGGUAGAUUAUCAGUGAUCAGUCCUCCUCAAGAUGGACGUAUGGGUCAUGUGUCCUACAGGAGCUCAAGCCAUAGCAACACCCCCUUAUCUGUAAGGUCAAAUCCACUUGGAGCCUUCAAUCAGUCUAAUGCUUUUCACCAGCUUUCACAAUCUUCAUUGCAAGCAAACCAAACAAGUGCUUGGGAUCUGUUGGGUCUAAGAACACAUCAAGCCUAUCAACAGUCUCCCCACUCUUCUCAGUCGUGCAGUACAAGGCAACCAAUUAGCCUCCCUAAUAUCCUACACAGGCAGAAUCUGAGCAAAAAAACUCCUUAAAAAUGAGUUAACACAUUAUAUUUCUUACUAAAGGUGGCCAUACACAGGUAGAUUUAAGCUGCAAACUUGUGUCCUGUAGACUGAUUCGGCAACCUAUCUGCCAGUGUAUGGGGCCCUCUGAUAAGCCUCUGUGAUUGAUAUCUGGCAAGAAAUUGGCCAGAUCUGGAUCAGGCAGGUUGGAUUUCCUGCCUGAUCAAGGGCAUCUUUGGGUAGUUUAUGUGGUCCUCUCCCAUCGGCUGGUAUUCCCAUCAUUGUAAUCUGAUUGUUUGGCCCUAGGUUCGCCAGAUAUCGCCACCUUUAGCAGGCAUAUGAGGGUCAAGAUCUGCUUAUUUGGUGGCCUCAGUAAACGAGCUGAUUUUUAAGGGUAAGGUCACACCUGGAGAUUUGGGGAGAUUUAGUCGCCCGGCGACUAAUCACGACGAGGAAA